GGAUAGCCGACUUGAAAUCCCCAUAUUACCUCGGCCUUGGGAAACUGAUCGCUAUCUCAAUUGGAAGACAGUGACCUCCCCACAUUUUCCCCAGCUUUUUGUGUUUGAAAAGGUGGAGUGGAAAUGAUGCGGGGGUGUCGAGCGAUUGACAUCAGGACUCCCUUGGCAGCUUGGCAAAUGACAUCCAGCUGCCCUCAUUCGCUCUGGGAUCAGACUCUUUGCUGGCACAUCCGGGGUCGCCGCGCGAGCAGUCGAGAUCUCGGAGACAUCCUAAACCAUCUUGUUUUCUGAGUCUUGCUCUUUGUUCUCUGGAUCGCAUGGGUCUUC